CAGUUAUAAGACUUAACAGGAGCUAUUGAGUAAUGUAAGUGCAAUGUUAUGUUUGGCCUCUAGAGGGCAGUUGGAUCAUUGAUGAUUAAUAUUGGCUGUCUGCUUCCAUGAGCUCAGUUGUAUGAUAAGCUGCUACGAGACUCCACGGGCCCCGACGAGAGGACAAUUCCUCGUUGGAGUUUGGCGUCAUUGCAGCCUGUUGUAUUCAUCCAAACAGUCAUUAAACUGUUAAACGUCAACCUGCAUUCCUGUCGUGUCAUUCCCACGCAUCGGAGACUGUAAGUAACGUGUAUGCAUUCACUCGAGGAUCUGAGGCUAAUCAACUGGGCACGUAAGCUAGCAAAGAUAGCUAAUCGCAUCCGAAGGCAAAACACAUGUUACGUGAAGUAAAAGACACGACACUGGUGUCAGAAGUACAAGCUACCGUCAUCUUUCAAGCGAAGUGGAACGAAAUAAGAGUGUGCUUUGUAAACUGGCAGUUAAUAGUUUCAUUCUGACGAAGUUUUGGACUGUACUAUUCGUUGCCUAAAGACAACACGGACAUUUCCAAUCACUCGCAGGGCUCUGUUUUAACUUCCCCGCGCGAGAGAAGAAUGCGGCGGUGCUGCAAAUGAGGAAAAAGUUUCGCUAUAAAUGUUCAGGACAACGGCAAGUAGCAUAACAACGACGGUGUGUGAAUUAUCUCUGAACUAUUAAGAUUCAUGACACAUUGCCUUGGACAAUAACUCAACUAAAUAAUAUGCAAUGAGCCAACUGAACUGCUUGGAGUGCCUAAUAAGAUUGCCUUAAAAAAAACUCAUGUUGAAACCUACUGAAUCUUGCCUGGACAAUAAAUCUGCUAAAUCAUAUGCAACAUACUGAACUGCCUGGAGUGCCUAAGUACAAAAAUUGCAUUAAAGACGCCUUAUUCAUAAUAAAUAAAAAAAUAAAUACAUACUAAAAAAAAAAAAAAAAAACACCAGCCAAUAUGUCUACAGAAGGACAACAGAAUGGAGAUGGUGCAGCUGCAGCCACAGACCCAACAGACCCACCGCCGUGGCUAAAAGUCCUGUUAGAGCAGCAAGCUCACCAAAUGCAGCAAAUGCAGCAAACCCUCCUGGCUGGGUUAGCCACUCAUCUCCAAACCAUUAGGGGUGCACCCCCACAGCUUGCAGCGCCCACAGUGGGAGUGUCAACUGUGAAUUCAGAUCAGGUGACCCGAAGUCGCACAUCACAUGUUGCCCAAGAUGGCUAUGCUCACCACAGCCUUCAAGAACAUUUAAUUCAACACUCACCUGUAUCUCAAGCCACAUCCAUGACUACUCCACAGGCUGGUGGUGCGACAAACCAAUUCGCUGCUGAGCUGGACGUCAUUCAGCAGCGCUCCCAGAGCGCAGGCCCCCCUCGGCUGCUGUCUGAUUCAGGUGCUGUGGACAGGGCCAGAGGCAUGGAGAGGGAGAGAGGACGACAGCGUCUUACAGCUGCCACCCCUCGGACUUAUGGCAACAGUCACGUCCAAGCUGAUGUUCGUCCAGCUACCCCAUAUGAUGGGCCUAGAUCAAAAAUGGCGACAUAUGACGGGAAGGAGGACUGGGAGCCAUUCUUGUUGCCAUUUGAAAGACUAGCUCGCAAAUACGCAUGGAAUGGCGCCGAAAGAGUUGACAAGCUGCAUGAAUGUCUUCGUGGCACUGCCAUGCGCUACGUGUGUUCCCUUCCAGAACACAUCAGAGAAGACUACACUCUGCUUAAAGAGCACCUAACUCAACGCUUUGGUCAUCAAGAUCCUCCAACGACUGUGCGCAGGAAACUUGGAGAACUACGCCAGUCAAAAGAGACAUCUGCUGAGUUUGCAGAGGAGGUGAGACGCUUAGUAACCCUUGCAUACCCUGGUGUAGAAUUGUCCCUACAAGACCAGUUAGCUGCAGAUGCUUUUCUUAAGGGAUUGAAAGACCAAAAGCUAGCCUAUGAAGUAAUGAACAAAGACCCUUGCACACUGGCAGACGCCCAAAAGCUAGUAGAGGCACAUGAGCACAACUACAAGGCUACAGUGGGGCGGGAAGUGGACCUUAAGAGUAGAGCGAGGCGUGUAUCCUGGGCUGAUGACGAUGACGACAUGGCACUUGUUUCUCGUCGGGUUCAAACACCCACUUAUGUCACAGCUGACCAGUUUAAAGGACUGUUCGAGAAGGUGGAGCAAAUGCAGCUGACUCUUAGCCGUCUGCAACCAGUCAUGAGUGAACAAAGAGGACAGAGGUACUCCGAUCCUUCCCCUGGCAGAGAACAUGGCCCCUGUCAUGACCAAAGCCGCAGGCAGCAGCAGCCUACUCAGUCACGUAGCAGUGCACGCGCUACCUCUGCAAGCCCUCCUAGAAACAAAAAAGGGGCCUGCUACGGGUGUGGGGAAGAGGGGCAUUUCAGGAGGGACUGCUCCAGGUCGCCUAGCCCAACCACCCGGCGUACUACAACAAGCGAGUGUGAAAUGGCCCAAGAGCAGGCUCAGUCCCCAACACUUAAAAUCAGUCGUGCCACCAACCGAGGGCCUAGUCUUCACAUUGCAAUGAAGGUGAACAACACCCCAGUCCAAGCUGUAGUCGACACAGGGGCUGAGGCAACUGUCCUGUCUGAAGGACUUUACAAGCAAUUGUAUGGACGUGACCCACCACCUCUAAAAAAGGCAGUUCUUCAUAAUGCCGAGUCCAACAGUGAGAUGACUGCCAUGAGUGGGGUGCAUGUCGUUUUCCAGAUGGGAACCCACAGUUUUGACUGGGAUGUCUAUGUGGCCCCAAUCCACGAUUGUCUUCUACUCGGUCUUGACUUCCUCAGAGCUGCAAACGUCACAAUCGAAGCAACUGGCCGGGUUUUUAUCGCAGGGGAGCCAAUACCUGCUAAGAUUGUGGGAGGGGAGGGGCCAGACUACUCAGUUGCCCGUGUACUGCUGGAAAGAGAUACAACACUGCCACCAGAGUGUGAAUGUGUGGUAUGGGGAGAGGUAGAGCACCCAAGACCAGGCAUCCCUGCAGUAUUGGAGCCGACCAGCAUUACCGACAAUGUGUCCUCAGGAAGUGCCGUCACAAACAUGGAUGCUCGUGUGCCUGUCCGCUUGUGCAACCUCUCUCCAGACAAGGCUGCGUUGCGAAAAGGUGCGUGCCUUGGAAUCCUGAUUGAGGCAUUUUCAGAUGAAUUGACUUUGCAGUCUGAACCUGACAUUGAAUGCAGCCUAGACAAUGACCCUGAAAGUGCACCAAAGAUUGGCAGGGUUGUCACCGUUAAAGCCACUGACUUACCUGAGCAUGUGCAAACUCUGUACUCAGCGUCUGGAGAGAUGCUUAGCGGGGAGCAGCAAGAGAAACUGAUUGUUCUACUGCUUAAGCACCAGUCCCUGUUUGCUGUAUCCGACACAGACCUAGGUUACUUCUCUGCAGUCUCACACCAGAUAGACACUGGCACAGCCAGACCAGUGCGUCAACCAGCAAGGCGAACACCCUUGGGCUUCCAAAAUGAAGAAGAGACUCACCUCCAGUCUAUGCUAGAAGCAGGAGUGAUAACUCCCUCGUCAUCUGAAUGGGCAUCGCCUGUGGUUCUAGUCCGCAAAAAAGAUGGAGGUGUGCGCUGGUGUGUCGACUACCGGCAUCUGAAUAGCUUGACAACAAAGGAUGCAUAUCCCCUGCCAAAGAUUGAAGAGUGUUUAGAUGUGCUGGGUGGAGCGACAGUCUUUUCCACUCUUGACCUACAAAGUGGAUAUUGGCAGAUUGCUGUAAACGAAAAAGACCGUGGAAAGACAGCCUUCAUCACAAAGUAUGGACUAUACGAAUACACCAGGAUGCCCUUCGGGUUAUGUAAUGCCCCGGGGACAUUUCAGAGGGCAAUGGAGUUAGCCCUGCGUGGCCUUCAGUGGGACACGCUACUGAUUUACCUGGAUGACAUCAUAAUUCUAGGAAAAGACGUGGAAGAGAGCCUUGAUCGCCUGACUGAAGUCUUCGGAAGACUGCAGAGCUUUGGGCUGAAACUGAAACCGUCAAAAUGCCAACUCCUCAAGGAAGAAGUCCUAUUCUUGGGACACGUCGUUAGUGGUGAAGGCAUACGACCAAAUUCAGCACUUGUGAAGGAUGUACAGGACUGGCCACACCCUACAGGCAGGCAAGAACUCCAAGCCUUCCUAGGACUGUGUAACUAUUACAGAAAGUUCGUCCCAUCCUUUGCUGAACUAGCGAGCCCAUUGACGUACCUCUUGAAAAAAGAAGUCCAGUUUGAAUGGGGGGAAGAACAAAGAGAGGCCUUCCUGCACUUGAAAGACAAGCUCACCUCAUCUCCAAUACUGGCAUACCCUACUAAUGAGGGGAAAUUCAUCUUGGACACAGAUGCAUCUAAUCAUAGCAUUGGAGCGGUGCUAUCUCAAAAUCAGUGGGGUGAAGAGAGAGUCAUCUCUUAUGCAAGCAAUCACCUGACCCCAAUACAGCAGAGAUACUGUGUAACCAGACGGGAGUUACUUGCUGUUGUCAAAUUCACCCGGCAGUUCCGGCAUUACCUUCUGGGAAGAAAAUUCCUCUUGCGCACGGACCACAACAGUUUGGUAUGGCUCUUCAGGUUCAAGAAUCCCCAAGGCCAAUUAGCAAGAUGGUUGGAAGAAAUGAGCCAGUAUGACUUUGAGAUUGAGCAUAGAGAAGGAAGGAGACAUCUGAAUGCUGACGGAAUGUCACGCAAAGAUGGUGAUGAAAGUGAAGACUGUGACUGCUACGAAGCAGGGCAAGAGGUGGCUUCUCUACCAUGCCGUGGCUGUGCUCACUGCCAACGACUCGACCGGCAAUGGGCCAAGUUCACUGAGGAUGUGGAUGAUGUGGUUCCCCUUGCAAUCAGGCGUCUAACCACAAAUGAGGAUGAUGGAAAUCCAACAGAUCAACUAAAAGAUCCAGUGACAGAAGGGACAGGCAUGCCUGCUACAAACUGGCUUCAGCCGAUAACUCGAGAAGAAUGGGCAUUAGAGCAGCGCAAAGACCCUGUCUUAUCCAAGCUACAUCAGUGGAUGGAAAAUGGAGAGCUGCCCACACGAGAUGAGGUGUCCCUUGAAAGUCCUGCUGCUAGGAAGUACUGGCUUUGCUGGCCCCAGUUUGAGCUGCACCAUGGAGUUCUGGUCUAUCGUUGGGAGAGGGCAGAUGGAGGACAACCACGUCACCUGCUGUUAGUGCCAACCUCAAUGCAGACAGAAUUAAUCAAGGCCUGCCAUGAUCCACCUCAAGGGGGCCACCUGGGGAUCGGUAAAACCCUACAACGCUUGAAGCAGAGCUACCACUGGUAUGGGAUGGGAGGUGAUGUGGAGCUCUUCGUACAGAAAUGCCAGAGCUGCACCACACGCAAGACUGCCGGGCCAACAACAAAAGCAGCACUGCAGCUGUACCAGGCCGGAGCUCCCCUGGACCGUCUACAUUUGGACAUGCUGGGUCCCUUUCCAGUAUCCACAGCCGGCAAUAAGUACAUUCUGGUCAUCAUAGACCAAUUCACACGGUGGGUGGAAGCUUAUGGGGUACCCGAUCAAGGAGCAGAAACGACAGCUAAAAGACUUGUGUAUGACUUCAUAUCACGUUUUGGUUGCCCCCUGGAACUCCAUAGCGACCAGGGUCGCAAUUUCGAAAGCAUCCUUUUCAAGACAGUAUGCCAGCUUCUUCAGAUAACUAAAACUAGAACUACGCCAUACCACCCUGCAUCCAACGGCCAAGUGGAAAGAUUCAAUAGAACUCUCCUGCAGAUGGUACGCUGCUAUGUGGACCAGAACCAAAAGAACUGGGACGAGCAUCUUCCCUUGCUCACAGCAGCAUACCGCAGCACCAAGAAUGCCAGCACAGGCUUCAGUCCAAACAGACUCAUGCUAGGCAGGGAGGUCCACCAACCACAUGACAUCUGGUCAGGUGCAGCAGAGCUCAGAAGUGACAGAGGUGAGGUUCCGGAGUUCCUGAGCGAGCUGGAGCAGGGCUUGAAGGAGGCGCAAGAAACUGCUAGAGAACACCUGAAAGCUGCCCAGGAACGACAGAAACGAACCUAUGAUGUCAGGGCCAAAGGAAGACCAUAUGCUGUUGGAGAUCUAGUCUGUGUCAAGGACAGUACCAAGAAAAAGGGUUUCAGUCCGAAGUUGCAACCGCCAUGGAAGGGCCCCAGCAUCGUUUCCGCUUGCCUGGGCCCAGUGCUGUACGAAGUCAUUGGGACGCGAGACAGAAAGGUCCUGCACCAUGAUCGUUUGAAGCCCUAUACAUCUGAUGUGAUACCUGGCUGGACGCGACGAAAAAGGCAUGAGAUUCUCCAGAGGGGCCAGCCCCUUCACAGUGUCGAAUCGCAUGGAGCACCCAGCGGACAGCCGAAGGAGUCUUCAAGUUCUACAGAGGAGAAACCAGAGGAACGGGAACCUGAAGGACGCGGGCGUCAAAGAACUGCACGACGGCGUCGCCAGGCUCGCAAGAAUGCUUGCCCAACUCCACAGGAGACGGUGCCAGCGGACCAGGCUGACGGCCCUGCAACGCCCCUGCAGCAUCCUACCACGUCCCGAGGUCGUGAAGUCCGCCCCCCUGUGUGGUACAAAGCAUGAAUGGACUCUCAUCAUUAAAGUCAGUAGUUCCUUUUUUUGACUUUCAGUAAUGCCUAGUUCACCUUUGGACUCUAACUAAUAAUUCAUGUCUUCUUUGAGAUAAAGUAAUGAUGUUUCGAAAUGUGUUUAAGUUUAACUUUUUGACUUUAAAGUAAUUCUGAGUUGAAAUACGUUAAGUCUCUACUUACCCUGAAUAGUACUGAAGGGACUCAGUAUUCUUGGAGGGGGGCUGUGUAGUGAAUGUGUUAGUGCAGUUAUAAGACUUAACAGGAGCUAUUGAGUAAUGUAAGUGCAAUGUUAUGUUUGGCCUCUAGAGGGCAGUUGGAUCAUUGAUGAUUAAUAUUGGCUGUCUGCUUCCAUGAGCUCAGUUGUAUGAUAAGCUGCUACGAGACUCCACGGGCCCCGACGAGAGGACAAUUCCUCGUUGGAGUUUGGCGUCAUUGCAGCCUGUUGUAUUCAUCCAAACAGUCAUUAAACUGUUAAACGUCAACCUGCAUUCCUGUCGUGUCAUUCCCACGCAUCGGAGACUGUAAGUAACGUGUAUGCAUUCACUCGAGGAUCUGAGGCUAAUCAACUGGGCACGUAAGCUAGCAAAGAUAGCUAAUCGCAUCCGAAGGCAAAACACAUGUUACGUGAAGUAAAAGA